AUGACAGAGGAGAGCUCUCCAAAAGGUGACGUGGAAACGAGUGGGAAAUCUCCCCCAAGGGACAACUCUAAGAAGUGCAAGUACGCCUAUAAGCGAAGAGAGCUGGAAGGGGGUCCAGAAGCAGAAGGGGGAGACGAACACGAUAGGAGUUUAAAAAAAAUUAAUUCAAGUAGGAAUAUCUCAGAGGAGACAAAGCCACCUGACCUACUCAUAAAUUAUUACUACGAAUGGGAGGACAUCCCAACAGUUAGCAGAUUGCCUUAUGGUUUAGUUGGAAAGGAGAAAGAUGCUCUGUGGAAAAGGUGCGUGCGAAGUGUGGGUAUCGGUUUGGGGGGGGAAGAAGCGAAUGUGAAGUGUGAACCCCAGGGGGAAGAAGCGAAUGUGAAGUGUGAACCCCAGGGGGAUGAAGCGAAUGUGAAGUGUGAUACCCUGGGGAGCAGAGACGAGUUGAGAUUGGCUGGUGGUGCGCCGGAUGCUCAGCCCAUCGAGGGGGAACUCGGGGAACGCGCCACCGAGGGUGCAGCGCGCAGCGGGGGCGACUUCCUGGCGACCCUCGUAUACGAGGACAUCGUGGAGUACAUUUACAAAAUUGAGAAGCGGGGGUCCAAGCUGAGGUGCGCCACUGGCCCCGUCGCGGGAGUCGCGGGAAUCGCGGCAAAUGUGGAAAACGCAACAGACACGGUAAACACAGCAAACGCGGAAAAUGCAACAGACACGGCAAACGCGGCAAAUGGGGCAAACGCGGCAAACGCGGCAAAUGGGGCAAACGCGACAAACGCGGCAAAUGGGGCAAACGCGGCGCAACCCCCCCGUGGAGAUUGCCCCACGGGGGCUGCCCGGCACAGCGUCGACCGGGAGGAUGGAGAAGCCAAUUGGGUCGACGACUUCGUCACACUGACUAACAUACAAAUAUUGGCAAAAAACACCAAGCUAUUUACAGCAUGGGGAAGGUUAGAGAUUGUGCUUCCAUACAUAACGAGUCAGUGUGGAAGUCCACGAUCGUGUUUGUGCAAAAAGAGCUUCUUAACGAUGAAGCACCUUUGUAUGAGCAUUAAAGGUGACAAGCUAAAUAUAUGUAGAUAUUUCGUGAAGUCGUUCCCUUAUGUGGUUCGAAAGAUGGACUCAAAGAACCACUUCUUGGAUGAGUGUGCCUGUCAGCUGAUCGAUCAUUUUAUGAAACAUAGCAGUGGAGUGAACGACUACGAAAUGCUCAGAGUGAUGUGUUCCUUCUCAGACAAUAAAAAUGCAUCCAUUAUUAAGAAGCUAUCUUUUUUUGUUUAUUUAUUUUUAAAAAAUUUACCCACUAGUGAGUUGGUCAGUCUACCUGUUCGAGAUUUCGCACACUGCUUCCUGCACUUUAUUAAUGCCAAACUUGAGGAGACUAAAAAGUACAUGAAGCAGACCUUUACGCUUCUCUUAACAGUACAUAGUGAAGACGAUUUAGUUUCUUUCCUUUUGGAUGGGGCUCCGAAAAAGGGAAACGUAUUAUUCCUGGAGAGGGAGAUACGGGCCUUCCUGCGGAGUAGAAGCUGCGGUGAUGCUUGCGAGCCGCUUAAGAAGAAGUACGCCACGUUUCACCAGUUUAGGAAUUCCAAGUCGCUGAGCAAGGCGCCCAAGACAUCGUCCUUCGUUCU